AUGUCGAAGGGAAAGGUCUGCUUAGCUUACUCUGGUGGUUUGGACACCAGCUGCAUUUUGGCAUGGCUGUUGGAACAAAAUUAUGAGGUCGUGUGCUAUAUGGCUGAUGUCGGCCAGGAAGAGGACUUCGAGGCUGCCAAAGUCAAAGCUAUGAAGAUCGGUGCCAAAGCAUGCUAUGUUGACGACCUCCGAAAGGAAUUCGUCGACCAACUCUGCUUCCCCGCCAUCCAAUGCAAUGCCAUCUACGAAAACGUCUAUCUCCUCGGUACCUCCCUUGCCCGCCCUGUUAUUGCCCGUGGUCAGAUGGCUGUCGCAAAGAAGGAAGGUUGCUUCGCCGUCUCCCACGGGUGCACAGGUAAAGGUAACGAUCAAGUCCGAUUCGAGCUCGCAUUUUAUGCGUUAGACCCCAAGAUUAAGGUUAUCGCCCCAUGGCGUGAUCCAAUCUUUUACGAAAGAUUCAAGGGUAGGAACGAUUUGUUGGACUAUGCCGCCCAGCAAGGUGUCCCUGUUUCCCAGACUAAGUCGAAGCCAUGGUCCAUGGAUGAGAAUCUUGCACAUUGCUCCUAUGAGGCCGGUAUCCUCGAGGAUCCAGAUGUCACCCCACCAAAGGAUAUGUGGAAGCUCACAGUUGAUCCCGAGGAUGCACCAGAGAAGCCAGAGGAUUUCACUGUUUUCUUUGAAAAGGGUCUACCAGUUAAGCUCGUGGAGCAGGAUGGAACUGAAACAACAGAUUCAUUGGAGUUGUUCUUGAAGGCGAAUGCUAUUGCUAGGAGGAACGGAGUUGGCAGGAUUGAUAUCGUUGAGAAUCGAUUCAUUGGCCUCAAGUCUCGAGGAUGUUACGAAACACCCGGUCUCACCUGUCUCCGCAAUGCCCACGUCGACCUCGAGGGUCUUGUCUUGGACCGUGAAGUUCGCGCCCUCCGAGACCAAUUUAUCACCUUCAACUACGCCAAGAUCUUGUACAAUGGUCUAUACUUCUCACCAGAGCGUGAGUUCCUGGAGGAUGCUAUCAUUUCCUCGCAGAAGAAUGUGAACGGACAAGUCAGAUGUCGAUGCUACAAGGGAUCGUUUACCGUUCUCGGACGAAGCUCAGAGACUGAGAAGUUGUACGAUAUGAGCGAGAGCAGCAUGGACGAGAUUGGUGACUUUGCACCAAGUGAGACCACCGGAUUCAUCAGCGUGCAGGCUAUCCGAUUGAAGAAAUACGGUUUGAAGAAGCAGGAAACUGGCGAGGCGUUGUAG